CAGUGUGAGGCCAGAUUUAGUCUGUGACAAGGUCAGAGGGCAAUCUGUCCAGGUAUGAGGGACCAGACAGGCUCUUCCACAUUAGCCACCAGCCUUCCUUUCUGGAGGGCCGUGGCGAUCUGGCUUGUUGCCCCUACUGCCCAAGUGGGGAAACUGAGCUCCGAGGAGGUCUCGCUCUGCCGCCCCCGCCCUCCUCGUCCCCUCAGCCUCCUCCCCACCCAAGGUCCUCCGUCUCAACCUCCGUUCUUUCAUUCUCACCGGAAUCUUUUCUGACACGCUCCGCCCCCCAGAGCAGCCGAGGCCCCGCCCCGGAUUACGCUAAUGACUCGCGGCGAGGCCCCGCCCCACGGGGCUAUGCAAAUAAGGCGCCUGGAGGCCCCGCCCCUCGGGCGGCCGCGGAGUCUGCGCGGCGCGGGCGGACGGGCCCUCGGCGUCUCCGUGUCCGCGUCCGCCCGCUGGGUCGGCUGUCUGUCCGUCCGUCCCGCCGCGCCGGGGCUGUCCAGGCGGAGUCGGGGCUCCGCGGCGGCAGCCUCGAUCCGAGCAAGCUGCGUGGAUGGGGCACUGGACCCAGAGUGACUGCCCUCACUUGCCCGGGCCUCAGGUUGCACGUCUGUGCAAUGGGGGUGACCAUCCCUGUGCUGCUGGCCGCCAGGAGCAGCUGUGAGUCUGUGGGUGUGGCGGCAGUGGCCUGUGGGAAGCCAUAGGGCCCUUUCACAGGCCCGGCCUUCGCCAUGGCGGGAGGGAGACCGCAGCUGAAGAGGAGUUUCUCCAUCAUUCCCUGCUUCGUCUUCGUGGAGUCGGUGUUGCUGGGCGUCGUGGUCCUGCUGGCUUACCGUCUGGAGUUCACUGACACCUUUCCCGUGCACACCCAGGGCUUCUUCUGUUAUGACAGUACCUACGCCAAGCCCUACCCCGGGCCUGAGGCUGCCAGCCGAGCGCCUCCCGCACUCAUCUACGCCCUGGUCACAGCGGGGCCCACCCUCACGAUCCUGCUGGGGGAGCUGGCCCGUGCCUUUUUCCCUGCGCCACCUUCCAGUGUCCCCAUCAUCGGGGAGAGCACCAUCGUGUCCGGGGCCUGCUGCCGCUUCAGCCCCCCGCUGCGGAGGCUGGUCCGCUUUCUGGGGGUCUACUCCUUCGGCCUCUUCACCACGACCAUCUUCGCCAACGCGGGGCAGGUGGUGACCGGCAACCCCACGCCGCACUUCCUGUCCGUGUGCCGCCCGAACUACACGGCCCUAGGCUGCCCGCCGCCCUCACCCGACCGCCCGGGGCCCGACCGCUUCGUCACCGACCAGGGUGCCUGCGCCGGCAGCCCCAGCCUGGUGGCCGCUGCACGCCGCGCCUUCCCCUGCAAGGACGCGGCCCUUUGCGCCUACGCGGUCACCUACACGGCGAUGUACGUGACUCUCGUGUUCCGCGUGAAGGGCUCGCGCCUGGUCAAACCCUCACUCUGCCUGGCCCUGCUGUGCCCUGCCUUCCUGGUGGGCGUGGUCCGCGUGGCCGAGUACCGCAACCACUGGUCCGACGUGCUGGCCGGCUUCCUGACCGGGGCGGCCAUCGCCACCUUUCUGGUCACCUGCGUCGUGCACAACUUCCAGAGCCGGCCACCCUCUGGCCGAAGGCUCUCCCCCUGGGAGGACCUGGGCCAAGCCCCCACCAUGGACAACCCCCUCGAAAAGUUAAGUGUAGCCCAGGAACCCGAGGCCUGCAGGCCGCAUUCGACACCGGCACGGCUCACCCCAUCCAAGCCGCAGAACUGCGCCCGCCGUGGCCACCUGAUCCCCAGCUGCGUGUCCUCCAGGGCUCCAGCCAUGUGUUCGUCGCCCCGUGUGCCCCGCCCUCGAUUGAGGUCUGAGCCCACACCCCUGCCGCUGCCCCUGCCACUGCCCGCGCCCACCCCCAGCCAGGGCCCCUCGCCCUCCUCCCCUGGGCCUGGGGGGCCAGGUGGGGGUGGCGGACGUGGCCGGAAGCUGCUGCUGCCCACACCUCUCCUGCGGGACCUGUACACCCUUAGUGGACUCUAUCCGUCCCCCUUCCACCGGGACAACUUCAGCCCAUACCUGUUCGCCAGCCGCGACCACCUGCUGUGAGGCCCGACCGCCCACCCAGAAUCUGCCCCGGCCCCAUUUCUUCCCUGCCACACGUGUGUGUGCGUGUGCCGUGUGAGUGCCAAAGCCCCCUGUCCCCAAACCAGCCAGGCCCAGACAUAAGAGGAUGGUUGGCAGGACACCUGGGGGACCCCCUGCCUCUCUUGCCCCCUGGGACACCCAAGUGGGCAUAACUGGGAGGUGGGCCCUUGCCCCUAGGAUUGCCCUUUUAAAGUCCAAAGCCUGACCCCAUUGGCCAUCGCCCAGCCAAUGGGAGCCCCCAGUUCUCAGAAUCCUAACCAAAAGGAGUUUAUUGCAGCCAAUGGGAGCCUCCCUCUCACUUCUUAGAAUCCUCAGGCAAGAGGGCAACUCCAGCCAGUGUUGGGCAUCUGAACAUCCAAUAGGAGUCGUUGGUUUUCAGAAUUUUUAGGGUGGGUGGGUAUGAUUCCAGUCAAUGGGGGACCGCCCAUGUCUAAGCCUGUGCAAAGGAGAGUAGGGAGAUGGGUCAUCCUUUGUCAUCUCAUCCUCUCUCCUCAGCAUCAGAGAGUCCAGCCAGAGGGUGGGGGGCAGGCUCCCCCGUGGCAGGGACCUCGGGGCACCCCUCUUCCCCAGCUCCUCCCCCACAUACACCCUCUUCCCCCGUCCCUCCUAACUCCCUACUUAGGCAGGGCUUGCCCCACUUCAAAGGUUUUGGGGUUCAGGGUGCUGUGUCUCUUCUUGCCUGUGCCCAAGUCCCCCCAAACCCUUCUAUUAUUUAUUAUGGCUGUGGGAAAGGACUUUUUUUUCUUGGAACCCCCCGUGCUCUUCACACUGCUCCCCCGUGCCUCAGCCUCCUGCUGAUGUGCCAUCCCAGGGGGCAUGGGGGGGGCAGAGAGGGCUCCCUCACCGCAGGCGGCCAAAGGCAGUGGGCAGCAGAGACACUGCCCCCCCUUCCUGCCCUCUCCUCCUCUUUAAUAAAGACCUGUUUGUA